UCUCCUUCCUCAUUCCAGCGGAUGGGAAAUCAUAAGCCCGUGCUGACGUACGAUCGACAAUGGAUGAGCAUGCAAAUCCCGGAAUCCUUCGAUGGUGCUAAAAAGUCUUGGUCUCGGUCUGGGCAAAGCUUAAACUCCCAGCAUGGAUGGGCUCCACUGGUUCCACCAGGACCAUUUCCUUGAUUGGUGCCUCGACGCCCAGUUACUUGGACGCGCAAUUCUUGAUCUCUCUCUCUCGCGGUCGGUCUGUCCGUCCGUCUCUCUCGCCAACCACUGCUCGUCUUCGUUCCUGUCGUUCCUUACCGGCUCGGUUGAUUGACUCCCAUGCGGCAUCCAAAUCAACCCUCUUCCUUCCUCUUGGACUUUCUUCGCUCUUCUCGCUUCUCCGCCGAGUAAGUGAUCGACUGCUCGUCAUGGUCGCAAAUCUCUUCCGAUCGGCGAUCCUCGGGUCGGCGCUGUUUUCCUCGCUGGCGCCCGCGAUCAGUCUCGACGUCAAUGAUCAUCAAUCCAUCAAAGAUGCCGCCAGCAAGACCGCCUUCGGAUCCAUGGGCUGGUAUGGGGGCAACGAUACCGGAGGCAUCCCCGGUGCCUUCCCCGAAAAAUGGUGGGAAGGCAGUGCUCUGUUCAUGAGUCUUCUCUAUUAUUGGCACUACACCGGCGAUUCCACCUACAACGAUCAGGUCAGCCAGGGCAUGGAAUGGCAGGCAGGGAACGGAGACUACAUGCCCGACAACUACAGUAGCUACCUGGGCAACGACGAUCAGAUGUUCUGGGGUCAGGCGGCUAUGACGGCCGCCGAGAUCAAGUUCCCGGAUGUCGAGGACUCUUAUUCGUGGCUGUCGCUGGCCCAGGGCGUGUUCAAUACGCAAGCUGCCCGCUGGGACACGAUGAACUGCGGGGGUGGCCUUCGCUGGCAGAUCUUCCCCUACCAGGCUGGAUACAACAUGAAGAACUCCGUCUCCAACGGCGGCCUGUUCAUGCUGGCCGCCCGUUUGGCCCGCUACACCAACAAUCAGACCUAUACGGAUUGGGCUCACAAGAUCUGGGACUGGUCCACUGAGUCGCCGCUAGUCGAUAAGAAGACGUGGAAUGUCGCCGACUCGACCGACAUCCCCGACGGGUGCUCGACCAUGGGCAACAACCAGUGGUCCUACAACUACGGCACCUACCUCAGCGGUGCCGCAUAUCUAUAUAAUAUGACCGAGAGUGACUCGUGGAAAGAGGUCGUCGACGGUCUCCUCAGAGUCACCCUCCGCACAUUCUUCCCCCAGAAGUACGGCGGAAACAUUCUCGUCGAGCCGUGUGAUGAGAAGGAGCUGUGUAAUCAGAACGAGAUUUUGUUCAAGGGCCUCGUCACGAGCUGGCUGGCCUACGUCGCCCUGCUGGUGCCGUCCACCUACGACCAGAUUCUCCCCAAGCUGCAGGCCUCCGCCGAAGCCGCGGCCGCGUCCUGCUCCGGCAUGAACAACAACACCUGCAGCGUGCGGUGGUACCAGAAGAAGUGGGACGGCUGGAAUGGAGUGGAAGAGCAGGUCAUCGCUACGGAUGUGAUCACCUCUCUCCUCGUGAUGGACAUGCCCGAUAAGGUGCCCGUCACCUCCGACACGGGCGGCAAGAGCAGCAGUGACCCCAACGCUGGCUCCGGUAAAGGCGGUAAAGGUGGCAAGCUGCCGGCAAUUACCGCCGGCGACAAGGCCGGUGCAUCGAUCCUGACCAUCCUGUUCUCCGGGGGCUGGAUCGGUCUUGUCGCGUGGAUGAUUAUGGGUGGGUGAGAUGCGCCCACCAUGUUAUGUUCUCGUGGAUCCGCCUGUUUUGGCGGAUCGUUUUUCUUUCCUGUACAUGCGCUUUUUUCUCCUUGUCAUCCCCGUUCAUGGCCG